AUUAAGCAAGUGUUUAUGUCUCAUCCGUGAGAAGCAAAAGGUUGGGCCUUGUUUUUACGGUUUAUUCAACUUUAUUUACGAUUUAUCCUCAAAAUGUUCCUGUCAUCGAUGUGUCCUUGAAGCCCAAGAGAAAAAGAUUAAGCCCAGAACCGUAUUCCACAAACUUCUGUUUCGGAAAAUGUUAAUAGAUUUGGAAAAAUGCCUCCAAAAUUUAAGCGACACCUUCGAAGCGGGGACCUUGCAGGUUCUAAUGAUGUUGAAAGGGUAAACUUGUUGGGUGAAUACCAUGAUGAUGAUGAAGAAGAAGAUUUCUUUUAUGAGCGGAGUCCUGUGCCAAAACCUGGACAAAGUAAUCAGAGUAGCUCCAAAGUACAAAAAGUUCAAAGUCAAGUAGAUGAAGUGGUAGGAGUAAUGAGAGGAAACAUGGAGAAGGUUAUGGACAGGGGAGAAAAGCUGGAAGAUCUAGAAGAUAAGACAGAGGACCUUAUGUUUAGUGCAUCCAUCUUUAAAGUUAGUGCCAAGGGUCUAAGGUCACAUUUCUGGUGGCAGCAAUGCAAGAUGCGGAUCCUGAUGCUAGUGGUGGUUGUUAUUAUCCUUCUCAUCGUUUUAAUUCCAAUCAUCUUAAAGACCAGGAAUAAGUAAAAUCGGCUGACUACUAGCAUGGCUAGUUUGAACGAAAGACAAAGAGGUUUGGAAUAGAUCAAGUUGUGAAAGGGACUACUGUAGAUCUGUAAAUAAUGAGAUCUGUUGUGUAUUCAAGCAAUAGAUCAUCAGAUCAUUAAUAGAAGAAAUUUUUGAUUAUUUGGGUUGUUUAUACAUGUACCAGAUACAUUCAUUUAGAGGAUGCAUAGUAAGGUUUUUAAUACUUUGGAGGCAAAAGAUACGUUCAGAAACAGAAGUGAUAAAUGAUGUGUUAAAGAUAUUCUUACUAAAUGUCUAUGUAUCAAAGACUUUAUGUACGCUCUACACGUACUUAUUUAUUGAAUUGUAGAGUUACGAGGGAUAAAAGCAGGGACUGUAGCCACCAUAUAUUUACAUAGAUUUUCAUAUUGAUUUUCAAAUAGAAUGGAAAUGAAAUUAAACAUGUAAGUUUUGAAAUGUCUGGUUUAUUUUGUAUAUUGUGCUCAUCUAUGAUGUGAAUAUUUUAUAAUUUUGCAUCACAUCAUACAGCAUCUCAUAUCUGAGAUAAGAACUUAUUUUAGUGCAAUACAUGUAGCAUUUUGAUGCAUUUAUAUUUUUAUUUACAUUUAUUGUAUGUAUAUAUGACAUACAUGUCAGCUGCCUGCUGUAUGUACAUGUUUAUUAAGGCCAUUAUGACCAUGUAUAGUUAUUCCAGUGGCAGUAGUUAUGGCCUUUAUUGCGGUCAUGCAGCAAGUAAAC